CAAGACUGUGCAGCUUCAUGCCGGCGGCCCUCCUCACGUCCCUGGCCCUCGCUAGCGGCGGCGACUUCCUGACGCGCAACGGACUGUCGCUCGAGCACUACCUAGUUGGCCAGGCGCACUACGCAGGGACCAAGUCUUUCGGCACUGGGACGUCCAUCGGCCCCGUUCCAACCGUCUUGGACGGCAUCACCUCCGGCACCGAGAAGGCGGCUGACGGCAACUCGCCCUCUAACCCGACGUGCUCCGACACGGACUUUGCCUCGGCCUGGUGCGGAAUGGAGGCAGGCCCGUGGGACUACGUCCCGUCGGUUGGCUUCUCGGACAUCGAGCGGUACAUGGACGCAACCGGCCAAGUCGCUGCCAACCAGUUCCUGUGCCUCACUGACAAUGGCUUUGGCAAUGCAGCAAACUCGUGGGACUACCCUUUGCACCUCAACCUGAUUGAGCUCAACUUUCCCUUCGCCUACCGCCACGGCGAGGCCACCUUCCCAAAGUGGAACACCGCCGUCUCCAAAGGCAUCAUGCUGCUGCACGACCCCGACGGCCACAUCCGGUGGGAGAACGGAGCCGACAUCCAAGUGGCCUACAAGGUGCCCGAUGGCACGUGGGAGACCCCCAAGGCUGAGCUCGGCGGCGCGUCUUACAAGUCCGCGCGCGUCCUCACCGGCCGCGACUUUGACGUGGAGGGCUUCGCUAUGAUCAAUCACACUUACGGCGCGCUCACACGCUUCCCCCCCCUCUCCCCUCCCCCCACCCACUUCAGGGGAAGCAUCAUCGGCGACGAGCUGAUGCCCGCCCUUUUCCCGAUCGACGCCUCGACCGGCAAGGUGAAGGGCCCGAUGGUCCGCACGCCAGACAUCGACUCGACCACCGGCGAAUUCAACGGCAAGUACCUCACCUCCAAGGGCGACAAGGUGCACUGCUCCCUCGCCGACCUCGCCACCAACGAGUGCAAGAUCUCAGACGACGCAACCGCCGACGCGUCUGAGUACGUCAGACACGGCUCGAGCGGCGGUUACGAGGGGCUCGUGUCCAUGGGCAACAACCUCGUCAUCGGAUUCAUCGAGCGCAACGGCGGCUCGACACUCGCCGCGCGCGGCGAGCCCGGCAUCCGCGUUUUCAACAUCAUGGCCGAUCCGCUCGCCUUCACCUCCUUUGCCGGCUUCUACCCCUUCGAAGACGGGGCGUGCUGCAUCGCCGACGCGUACCCGCUCCCCGGCUCAUCGAGCAAGAUCGCCGUGGCCGAGCGCUCGGGCUUUCCCAAUGACAAGAACAAGCUCAGUCAGGGGAUGCCGAACAACCGCAUCUGCAUCAUCGACCUGAACGAGAAGAACGACGACCACACGUUUAAGAAGAUGUGCCUCGCAAACUACAUGAACGUCGCCGACCCGUUCGAUGUCGACGGCAACGGCGUCUUCACCUACGCCUUCUCGCAGUGGACGACGGAGCAGCUUAUGAUUUACGACGAGCACUGCUACAUCGCCGGCACCGACACGAACUUCCCUGCGGUCAACCAGUUCGGACUCAUCCCCGCCGAAGCGCCCGACUUGGGCCAGACCUUUGACACGCGCUGGAUGAUGGUCUGCUUCCACGACGCCGUCUUCGCCGCCGGGGCAGGCCACUUCCCGGACUCGUCGCCACCCGCCCUCUCGGACGCGCCCGACUGCGGCGAGGCGAACUCGUGCCCCAAGGGAUCCAUUUGCCUCGCGGUCUACCAGCAAGGCAUGGGCCCGUCGCGCGAGAUGCUCUUCGGCUCCAGCCCCGACGUGCCGGCAGCCCUCGCGCACAAGUGCCUCGCCCUCUGAGCGCGGACGAGGACUGCGGUAUCCGCAGAUUUGCACUGCACUCCUGCUCGAACUCCUGCUUUCUGCGUGUGUGCGGGGGGGGGGGGGGGUGCAUGCGGCUGAAGACAGCCGUUUUAGAUGUACACGCCAGACGGCAGCCGGGAGCGCGCAGCGGCGGGCAGGGAUGUCGUGUCUGGAGCGUGUCGCUGUGUGUACACGUGUGAAGGGGCUGGUUUGGUGCAAUGCGCUACGAGGUCCCAGUACGGUAGCAGAAAUCGGUAUAUCAACGUCUUGA